GCCCGUGUCUCUUCGCUCGUGAGCUGAGGCUACGAAUUUCCCAGAGAGAACACGCCCCAGGUCCCCAGUAAUGAUCUUGUUAAUUUAAGCAAAGGCCCAUGCUAGUGACGAACGCUGUAAGGUCCUAAACCCAAGGCUCUGUUCGCUUCUGCGUCGCGCCUAGUGCAGUGCAUGCUCGCGCUUCUCGAUUCAGCUCCGCUUCACGCCGCCGCGUGCCAUGGUGAGCACGGCGCCCAUGCCGCCGCCGCCGCCGCAGCUGAGCCUGGCAGACCUCAGGGCCAUGUCAGUGCUUGGCCACGGCGCGAGGGGCGUGGUCUUCCACGUCGUGCCCGUUGUCGCGGCAGCUGCAGGCGGGGGCAGCUCCGCCGACCAGCCCAUGGCCCUCAAGGCCAUGUCCCGCGCUGCCGCGCGUCAAAAGAGCGCCGCGGGCGGGCCAGCACCUGGCGGCGACGGCCUCCGGAGGAUCUGGUUCGAGCGCGACGUCCUGCUGGCGGUCCGCCACCCGCUCCUGCCCUCGCUCCGUGGCGUCGUGGCCACCGAAGCCGUCGUCGGCUUCGCCAUCGACCGCUGCGCCGGCGGGGACCUUAACUCCCUCCGCCGUCGCCAGGCCGGGCGGGCGUUCUCCGACGCCGCCAUCCGUUUCUACGCGGCGGAGCUGGUGCUCGUGCUCGAGCACCUCCAUGGACUCGGUGUCGUGUACCGUGACCUCAAGCCGGACAAUGUCCUCAUCCAGGGCUCUGGCCAUAUCAUGCUCGUCGACUUCGACCUCUCCACCAGCCUACCCCCGCCGUUGCCACCGCCGCCGCCUGACACUAAUUCUCCAUCUCCCGGGAGCUCGCUUUCGCCUAAUUCUUCACGUCGCUGCAAGCGCAAAAACAACAAGACACUGGUCUUCGGACACUUCUCCUCUCGCCGGGCAGCCUCGCCGGAGUCGUCGUCGUCCUCCUUCACCACCUCCAGGGCGGCCUCUCCCGCCUCGUCGUCCUCCUGCUGCUCGUCGCCAGGCGCGGGGACGACGACGGCCAAGUCGAACUCGUUCGUGGGGACGGAGUACUACGUGGCGCCCGAGGUUGUGGCCGGGAGCGGGCACGACUACGCGGUCGAUUGGUGGGGCCUCGGGGUGGUGCUCUACGAGAUGCUGUAUGGGCGCACGCCGUUCCGUGGCCGGAGCCGGCGGGAGACGUUCCAACGCGUGCUCACCGCCCAGCCGGAGCUGCCGGGCGAGCCGACGCCACUGCGCGACCUCAUCGCCCGGCUUUUGGAAAAGGACUCCGGCAAGCGGCUCGGCGCCAACGGCGUGAAGCGGCACGCCUUCUUCCGUGGCGUGUGCUGGGACCGCGUCCUCGACGUGGCACGGCCUCCGUUUAUCCCGAUGCCGGACGACGACAGUGCCGACUCGGGGGUAGAGGCGGAGACGCUCGACGUAGAGGAGGUUGUGCAUGAGACGUUUGCCUUGAGUGCCACUCGCACGUCCGAGGAAAAGCCUGACGGCGGCGACAGCGAUUUCUCCAUAUUCUUUUAGAUGAACAUCUGUGCCAGAUUUCCUAGAUGGAAGUGCAGCAACUGCUAACAUAAUUCUAACAGAUUUUAGCAUCACUAUAUAAUUGAGAAAGUCUCGCCACAGUCAACUCCUUGAAUUUGUUGAAAACUUCUUUGAGACAAGUCGAGCUUCAUAAAUGGUGAUAUUAUCAUCAGCGUCUGUCUUCUUCUUAAAGAUCAAUUUAUUCUUAAUGGCUUGCCGAUUAUCGGGCAAGU